GACGUCCAUCUCUACACAAUUCCUUUUGCUUUCUCGAUCACAAGGACGUCUUUUCUCAACUGUUAUCAACCCCAAACUUCCAGUUAUUUGAACAAAACAUGAAGCCAGCUUUCAUGCCAGCCAGCCUGUGUCUUUUAUUCCUUUGUAUAAUUGGAGCCACGACAAGCCAAACUCCAUGGCCUGAUCUCACUAUCCUUUUACCAUCUUUGCUUUUCUUAGCAAUCCUUCUAAACUAUUGGCUUGUCCCUGGAGGUUUUGCAUGGAGAAACCACCAUCGAUGCUCUCCCAAACUACGUGGUCCGUGCGGCUGGCCUAUCCUGGGCACCUUACCUGACCUGAUGGGCACUCUCGCUCAUCGCAAACUGGCUACCAUGGCUGCGUCGCAUGGCGCUACUCGGCUCAUGGCAUUUAGCCUUGGAACCUCGCGUGCGAUCAUCAGCAGCCAUCCCGAGACCGCAAAAGAAAUCCUGUGCGGGUCUUCUUUCUCAGACCGACCUAUAAAAGUCUCGGCUCGUUUGCUCAUGUUUGAGCGUGCCAUUGGCUUUGCUCCCUCUGGCAACUAUUGGCGUCAACUUCGUAGAAUCGCAGCAAACCACAUGUUCUCCCCGAGGAGAAUUUCCAGCCUAGAGGCACUAAGGCAACGCGUGGCUGAUGAAAUGUUGGAGGGAUUGUGGAAGGAGAUGGAGGAGGGAGCUGGGGUUGUGGAACUGAGAGGCAUGCUUCAAAGAGGUGCACUGAGUAACAUGCUAGAGAGUGUGUUUGGGAGUAGCCUGGAUUUUGAAAGAGAAGAGUUAGGUAAUAUGGUUAGAAAAGGGUACGAACUUAUUGCAAAAUAUAAUUGGGAGGACCAUUUGCCUCUAAGGUUUUUGGACUUUCAUGGGGUGAAGAGAGAGUGUCAUAGAUUGGCGGGUAAGGUUAAUAGUGUCGUGGGUCAGAUGAUAAAAGAAAGAAAAAGAAUAGCUGGAGAGUUCAAUAUUGCUGGUAAUGAUUUUCUGAGUGCUUUGUUAUCUCUGCCCAUGGAGGAUCAAUUGAGUGACUCAGACAUGGUUGCUGUCUUGUGGGAAAUGAUAUUUCGAGGAACAGAUACUAUUGCAAUACUUCUCGAAUGGAUCAUGGCCAGGAUGGUUCUACACCAAGACAUUCAAGCAAAAGUCCAAGAAGAGCUUGACAUGUGCGUUGGCAAUCAUCGACAUGUGCAAGACUCCGACAUUCCAAACCUUCCUUACCUCCAAGCCGUAGUCAAGGAAGUCCUUCGCAUGCACCCUCCAGGUCCAUUACUGUCGUGGGCCCGUCUUGCAGUCCAUGACAUCCACGUCGGAAAGGUAUUUGUGCCAUCUGGCACAACAGCAAUGGUGAACAUGUGGGCCAUAACCCAUGACUCAUCCAUUUGGAAGGACCCAUGGGCGUUCAAGCCCGAACGAUUCAUCGAAGAGGAGGUAUCUAUAAUGGGCUCUGAUCUAAGGCUCGCGCCAUUUGGGUCCGGUCGCAGGGUGUGUCCUGGCAAAGCACUAGGUUUAGCCACAGUGCAUUUGUGGCUCGGGCGGCUUCUCCACCAAUUUAGGUGGCUUCCGACACAGUCUAUAGAUCUUUCGGAAUGUCUGAGGCUCUCUCUUGAACUAAAGACACCGAUGAUGUGUCGCAUGGUUCGUAGGUAUUAGGAGCGCACUCAUGAAGCCAGUUAUUCCAAUUAAAAACUCUGCAUAUUAAGAAUUGUGAAAAAAUGGUUUGAUUAAGGAUGUAGUAAGCUAAAUGCUUGUGCGGCCAGGAAGUGUUUAAAGGCCAGACUCAACUCUCAAUCCCAACAGAAAUAUAUGUAACAUAUAUAAGAUUGAGGAUAAGGAGGAGCAUUGUAAAGUUGUGUUUUUUCUAUUACUUAGAGGUGUUGGUUGCGUUUGAAUUAACUUGUG